GCCCACCCCUACGCUCACGAAGUCUAAUUGAGAGAGAGAGAGAAGCAGAGAAGUCUUUCACCAAGUCGUGAGGAGAAGAAGAAGAAGAAGAAGAUGUCGUGGCAAUCGUACGUUGACGACCACCUUAUGUGCGAUGUCGAAGGCAGCCAACUCACAGCCGCCGCCAUCCUCGGUCAUGACGGCAGUGUCUGGGCUCAGAGCGCCGCUUUCCCUCAGUUGAAGACUGAAGAAGUCAAUGGGAUCAACAAGGACUUCGAGGAGCCCGGGUUUCUUGCCCCGACCGGUUUAUUUCUCGGUGGAGCGAAAUACAUGGUUAUUCAAGGUGAACCAGGAGCUGUCAUCCGAGGGAAGAAGGGACCUGGAGGUGUUACUAUUAAGAAGACGAACCAAGCCUUGGUCAUUGGUAUCUACGAGGAGCCUAUGACUGGAGGUCAAUGCAAUUUGGUUGUGGAAAGGCUCGGGGAUUACCUCAUCGAGUCUGAUCUCUAAAAAUUUCUGUUUCAAAGUCUCUUCUUUUUAACUAAAAAGAAUGGUCAUUGCCCCCUCCUUUUUCGUUGUGAUUGAUUGUAGUGACGCAAUCGAUUUGAUACUUUAGAACCAAUUAUCUUUGUUUUUGGUCUUCUUGUUCCCGGGUUUGGGUUUGUGUGUCUUGUAAUGGCAUUUGAUGAUAUUAUUUUUUUUCUUUCAUUAAGUGUUUUCUUGGAUUUUGUUU